CCGACAGUGAAACCAACCUUUCCUCCCACUCGGUUGAAAUUCUCUGAAAGAAGCCACUCUGGGUCUCCUGCUUUGGAGUCUCCCAUCUUCUCUCGACCUUGCUCCCCAACAUCCCACCGGCCCCCCAGGAUGCGGAAGAAGAAACUUGAUGAUGGGCACUUAAACAACUCCCUGGGUUCUCCAGUUCAAGCGGACGUGUACUUCCCACGACUGAUAGUUCCAUUUUGUGGGCACAUUAAAGGUGGCAUGCGACCAGGGAAGAAGGUAUUAGUGAUGGGCAUCGUAGACCUCAACCCAGAAAGCUUUGCUAUCAGCCUGACCUGUGGUGACUCGGAAGAUCCCCCUGCCGAUGUGGCAAUUGAACUCAAAGCUGUCUUCACUGACAGGCAACUCCUCAGAAACUCUUGUAUCUCAGGAGAAAGGGGUGAAGAACAGUCGGCGAUCCCUUACUUCCCGUUCAUCCCCGACCAGCCAUUCAGGGUGGAGAUUCUUUGUGAGCACCCACGUUUCAGAGUAUUUGUGGAUGGACAUCAACUUUUUGAUUUUUACCAUCGUAUUCAAACAUUAUCUGCAAUUGAUACCAUAAAGAUCAAUGGGGACCUCCAGAUCACCAAGCUUGGCUGAUGUUAGAGCGCUUCUAUUUUAAAUCCGACCAGGUGCCACGACUACAUGACUGUCUGAGAGAAGUGUCCUAGCAAAAUCUGGAGACUUAAAAAGAAAACAAAAACGAAAGGCAAACUUCGCGGUCUCUUUCCAUGCAGUGUAAGUCCAGAGUGACAACUUCAUCUGUGGCUUGCCCAGUGGAAGAAAGCUCGCAAGAAAGACAUCGAGCCAUUGUGCGCAGAACAAAGUAAUACAUUUAUGCUGGAUUUUUAUUCAGACUAAACUAAAAUGGAUUUGUGAUGAUUUGUGAUUUGGUAGCAAUUAUUCAUCGUUUCAGAACAAGAUGAUAUUUAGGAGCAAAAGUGCUAAAGACCUUAAAAACAACAACGGUACAUCAAAUCGAUGCAUUUCUGCACGAAAGUGGGAUUGCAUAGCACAACCGACAUUUUAGUCAGGGUAUUUACAUAGAAUGUAGAUUGUGCAAGGUUUGGUUUCUUACGCUUUCUUGGGGGUUGUUUUGGGUUUGUUCUGUUUUUUAGCACAGCAUCGUGUUAACCUGGAUCCUUACGCUUCCUCCGUUAUUUAUUUAUAUUCAGUGUAUGUAUUCGUGUCCUAGAGAACGAGCAAUGUCUCCAAAUUAUGGACUUAGGUCUGAGGGGGAAGAUUAUGUAUUCCAAGCAUAAACAAGUAGAUUUACACCUUAAAGAAUUUGAGCAUAUUCUCCACUCCCUCAACUUUGGCUUUCUGGCUUAAAUUGCUAUAAGUGCUUUUGGGGAAAAUUUACAGCAUUUCGAUAAAACUCCAGUUUUUGUCGACAAUGUGAACUUCUGUUUACAUUGCUUUUUCUCCUUCCUGUGAAUUAGCACGGUUUUGGCUUCCUUAAGGCUAAUGACUUCCUAGAUUUACACAAUAGCUCAUUAAGUUGUUAAAAUAAUGGAAAGCAUAUAAGAGGUGAUUGCAUAGACAACUUUAAAAAUAACUAUUAUAUCAGUUUUUAAUAGUAUACUAUGAAAAUGAUUCCAGAACACAGUGUAAGGCAGAAGCAAACUGCCCCAAAUUACUUACUAGGAAAUAAUUUAUAUCAACUUAGCUGUUAGCUCAUUGUAUAAUUUUUCUUCUAAGACCCUCCGCAGUAUCCCUAAGCAAUGCCUUUGGAGCUUCUGAGGAGAUGAUGGACAAUGGUGGGAUCCAGUUAGGUUAUCUGAGAGACUAAGUCUCACGAUUUCAGGUCUUUGAGUCCACCCGUAGUGUUCAUGCUUCUGGUGAAACUGCUUCCCUGCGUUUGCGGGACGAAUCAAAGCGAAGCUGUCUCUAGUGGUAGACUGCAGAUUAUUGAUGUCUCUGCAAGGGUGGGGAUGGUUAGAAUCGUAGGAUUGUGUUUCCCACACUGCAUUGGUCCUGGAGAGAAGGGCCCUUGGCAUUGCUUUGGCCUUGUAGUGGGAGAAGAAGGGGUGCUGGGUGGGGGUGUGUUUAUAUAUAAUUUAGGUUUUGUUUGUACAGUGUCUGUAUCUUCUUAGGGCGUCCCCUUGUCCUGCUUUGCUUUUAAGGUUUUUUUACACAACAUGCAGAGGCACUGAAGUGGCCAUGUCAUCUUCAUGUGUCAAGAAUGUAGACAGUGUUUCAGAACCAAAGUCUAAGAUAAAUAAAGCAAGCUAAAAUAAUGAAUUUUUUAUAGAUGAUAUAUUUGGAUCCUUCUCAACUUUGAAACUGUUUAGCGCAGUUCCAUGGUGUUAUAUACAAAGACUCGUCGGCCGAGAGCAGCUGCAUCUUCCGGAGCUUUUUAUUCCCCCGGCGGAAGCCGUAGUCAGCCGUGAGAGCUCUUUUGUAGCUCCAGGUAUUUUUUUAAGCCUGUGAUCAAUUUCUCACGGUUUGACAAGCCACUUUUGUGAGGAGCGUUUGUCAAAAGACCUAGAAAGUACCCUGAAAUCUAUUUGUUUGGAUUCAACUCCUGCAGUAAGCACCCCUCCCCACAGGGGGCUCUUCUGAGUGGCCAGCCAUCUAUCAUUCAGCAGAAGCUUGGGGAGUGACUCCUCUCUCUGCCUGUCAGCUACCUCGUUAGCAGCCGAUCCAGUGUUAAACCAUCACCCGACAGGGCAGUGGGGUCCUCUGACCAGCCUCCUGGGGUCUAUCUAAGUGGCAUGUUGGGGUCAUUGUGGACUAGCUAAAUAAAUGAGGACACCUCCCGCUGUCCUAAUGGCUAGGUAGAAACGAGGACAGAGGUCUAGGGUGGGAAUUUCAGGAUGAAAAGUGUGGUUUGAAGUUCCAUGGAGAAAGUAUUUGCAUACGCAGGGAGCUCUAUCCACCCAGAGCCCGAGUUCUGCAAUAACCAAAACCUAGUGAUAACAGGCUCUGGGGAAAUAAGAAGCAGGCUUUAGACAAUCUGCAGCAAAAUUAGAGUCAAUAUUUAUCAAGUUAAUAGAAGUGACUUCUGCUUUCUGGGCUGUUCCUGAAUUGUCUUAAAAUUAAUAUUUUUUUAAAUCUUGAAGCCCAGUUUCAAGUCUUGCCAAGUUCUCUAAAAACCCCCUAAGAGAUCACUCUUAGAAUUGUUGAUGCACUUAACGACAAAUCCAUGUGCAUUAUGAGAAAAUAUCCAAAACAGGAUUGAGCCCUAUUGCCUUGAGAAAGCAGCUUUGGCAUUUCCUGGCAUUAAUGUAAAGAUGAUGUUCCCAGGAUGACGUAUUUUCAAAGAAACACUUUCUUAUUUACUGCGUGGUGUCAAGUGUUGUUCAAUGUGUUGUUACAUUAUGUCACUGCUGAAAGUUAUUUGCACUAUAAUAAAGGAAUUUUCUACAA